CAGAGAACAAAAAAUAGUUAUAAAGACGAUCAUGAUCGCUAACCCUGCAACGAUGUAGACAAGUAUCACAGUGUCACUGCUCAUACUACUCAAAAUGGACCCGGUUUGACUAGCCACUGAAAAAGAACUAUUGAAUUUCUCGAUUUUGACAGCCACCGGUAAGGAGCCAAGUGCAAAAUCCGUUCCAGUUUCACUAGCCACCAGAAAGCAAUCCAUGCAAUCCAGAUUCAGGAGGGGGACGAUCGACCUCAAUAGUGAUGCAGGAGAAAUCCAGAUUCAUGAUUGAUGAAGAAGUUGCUAAAAAUCUUUUAUUAUCACUCAAGAACAUCCGACCGAUGAUGGUAAAAAAUAUACAUCUGGCAAUCGACAAUUCACCAUCGAAAAUAACAUCUCUAGACAAUGUUAGAAAGUAAACAUAUAGAUAGAAUUGAAAGUAGUGAUUAAAUGAAUUUUUUUUCAUCAUCGGAGCCAAAAGAAUUGAAGGAAGAGAAGAAAAGAAGAGGAGACUAGGGUUUCCCCUCCGCUCCUACCACACGCAGAAGUUUUUUUUUCCAAUACUAACCAAUUUCAAUUUUUUAAAAAUAAUUUUAAAAAAUAUUGAUUUUUUGUGUGAAAUAAAAAUAAAAUUGGAAUUAAAAAUUUUCAAGUUUUACUCAUAGACAAAAAUAAAUGAAUUUAAAAGUUACUCCCUCCGUUCCGCUAGAAUGUUUCCGUAAACGGUUUACGAUGUUUGACUGAUGAUAAAACAACUUAAUCCCUAUUCACCCUCUAAUUAUUUUUAGUAAAUAAAAUUUGCAUAUUAAGAAACUACAUUAAAACCGCUACAAAACCUGAUAAAACAUGUAAAUUUGAUUUUAAAAAAUUGAUAUAAAAAAUAAAUGAUUAAAAAUGAUUUAAGUUGGCCAUGUGAAUAGUGGACGAGAAUCUUUUUGAAAGCACAACAAUUAUAAUUGCACCCCAAACCUCAUGACUCAUGUAACGCGCCAGUGAAAAUCAGUUUAAAGAAGGAUAAAAGUUUAAGAAGGAUAAAGUAUAAAUAGAAGAAGACAUAUUGAAGUAUACUUAGCCGUUUUUGUUUUACAGGUUAUGCACUGUGUUUUGAAGGUACACAAAAUACUCCGUAUAGCAACCGCGGUGCUUCGUGGUCUUAGUUCCUCUGCAAAUAGUAUCUUGCACUUCAUAAAACAUGAAUCUUUUCCGACUUGUAGAUAGAUAUUUGAUGUGAAUGUUAUUAUGUUGAUGUCAAGAUUUAAAUGCAGUUUCCCAAGCUUAAAGCUUACAGAGGUCGGGCCAUCCAGGCAUCUGUUUUCUUCAAUCACAGAAGUAGGUUCUUCCUUUCAAAGCUCCCAUUCCUUUUCUUUUGCAAAAAUGCCCGAUACGCGUACGGUUGAUACAACUGAAGGAUCAAAUACGUUAUCUGAUGCAUUGAUUGGGAAGCUUGCUGCAUACUGCAACCAGAGGGAUCUCCCGAGAGCCAUGAAUGCCCUUUAUGAGAUGGAGAAACACAAGAUAUGGGCCAAUGCUAUCAUUUAUUCCGAGCUUAUAAAAUGCUGUGUCGCCCAACACGCUGUAGAACACGGCAAACACGUUCACAGGCACGUUUUUUCCAAUGGAUAUCAGCCGAAGACCUUCUUACUCAACAUACUCCUGAACAUGUAUGUGAAAUUCAACAUGUUGGGUGAAGCACAGGCUCUGUUCGACAAAAUGCCAGAGAGAAAUGUCGUUGCUUGGACUACAAUCAUAUCGGCGUACUCUACUUCCAACCUCAAUUCCCAGGCUUUCAAGCUGUUGAUCCUCAUGCUAAGGAAUGGAGUCCAACCCAAUAUGUAUACUUACUCCUCUGUUCUCAGAUCAUGCGAUUCCAUCUCUAACCUCACGCCUCUCCAAUGCAGUAUCGUUAAGGUGGGGUUGGACUCUGAUGUCUUUGUCCGCAGUGCUCUUAUUGAUGUCUACGCCAAAAUCGGCCAACCAGAGAGUGCACUUGUCGUCUUCAAUGAAAUGCAAACACACGAUCGGGUGGUUUGGAACUCUAUAAUAGGAGGAUUUGCUCAAAACAGUGACGGGUAUGAAGCCUUGACUCUCUACAUGAGAAUGAAACGAGCUGGUUUUCCAGCUGACCAGUCAACCCUAACCAGUGGUCUUAGAGCAUGUACCAGUUUGGCGCUUUUAGAGGUCGGCAGGCAAUUCCACGUUCAGGUUUUCAAGUUCCACCAAGACAUGAUACUUCAUAAUGCACUUCUUGACAUGUAUUGUAAGUGUGGCAGCGUGGAUGAUGCUAACCGUACUUUUACUAGGAUGGUGGAGAAGGACGUCAUCUCUUGGAGCACAAUGAUUAUGGGGUUAGCCUCAAAUGGUUUUAGCAAAAAAGCACUUGAUCUAUUUCAGGAAAUGAAGAGGUCUAGGGGGAUGGUACCAAAUCGUGUAACCGUCCUUGGGGUUCUAUUUGCUUGCAGCCAUGCCGGAAUGGUAGAAGAUGGGCAGUAUUACUUCCGCUCAAUGAAGAAGCUUUUCGGAGUUGAUCCAGGAAGAGAACACUAUGGUUGCAUGGUUGAUCUUCUGGGAAGAGCUGGUAAACUAGAGGAAGCCGUGGAGUUAAUUCAUGAAAUGGAAUGUGAACCGGAUACUGUGAUAUGGAGAACGUUGCUUGGUGCUUGCAGGUUACAUCGAAACAUGGAUUUGGCUGAAUAUGCUGUGAAACAAAUAAUUAACAUAGACCCUUCUGAUGCCGGGACCUACAUACUGCUUUCUAAUAUCUAUGCACGGACACAAAAGUGGGAAGAGGCUUCAAAGGUGAGAAGAGACAUGAGGAGCCAAGGAGUGAAGAAAGAACCGGGAUGUAGUUGGAUUGAAGUGAAUAAGCAGAUUCACGCCUUCAUUAUGGGAGACAAGUCACACCCACAGAUAAAUAACAUUGAAGAAGAGCUUAAUCAGAUAAUUCAGAGAUUGAAAGAAACAGGUUAUGUUCCUGAUACCAACUUUGUCCUGCAAGAUCUUGAAGGCGAACAGAUGGAGGAUUCACUUCUUUGUCACAGUGAAAAGCUUGCAAUCGCGUUUGGCUUAAUGAGCUUGCCGAAAGAAAAGACAAUCAGAAUCAGAAAGAACCUCAGGAUUUGUGGAGACUGUCAUUUAUUUGCAAAGCUAUUGACGAAGUUGGAGAAUCGAGCCAUUGUCAUCAGAGAUCCAAUCCGCUACCAUCAUUUUCAGGACGGCGUUUGUUCUUGCAGUGACUACUGGUAGCAGAGAGUGUCUGGCUAGAAGGUAGCUACCUGAACUGAUGGUUCAUUUUUCUUGAAGCCAUUUAUGGGUCUGUUUGCAUGCAGGGUUACAGAUGGGCUUAAUUUAUAUUUUGAUAUUCAUAUAUGAACUUUUAUAAAAACUGAAAGAUUUAACAUAAUAUACAAUGACAUAUCAUUUUAAUAAGAUAUAUUUUAAGCCAUCUGAAAUCUUCUCCCCUCACUCCAUCCAAACAGACCCUUGGCAAAAAGGAAGUGUAUCUUCUUGCGGAUCUGCUAUUGAACAUCUUCGAAUGCUCUAAAUGAAGAUUGGAUGGGUGAUACCUCUGUUACUGGCCUAGCUAAAAAGCAUUACUUUCGUGUAUUUACGUUCUUCAAUUCACAUCCACUUGAUUUCUAUAAAUGCCUCAAGGGCACAGAACUGGGAUGAUUCUGCCCUACAAAAAGAAUGACUAAGGAGAGUUGUGUCUGAAGAAGGAAGAAUCAUCCAGAAGCUUAGCAAGUGAUGACCGGGAUGAAGCAAAAGGAAUCAGAUAACAAACUCUGAGCAUUUUGGAGUUUUAGGGGGCAAAAAAUAAUCGAAGUACAUCCCAUUUGAUGCAUAAGGUGGGGCUGAAUGCUUUUCCGGGUCUAAGGUAAGCUGAAGGGGGUUAGAGGUAGUUGGAAAGCUUGAUCUCAACUCUAUUGCUAUCAUUGUUCAACUAGCUGUCUUAUACUAAUUCUCUAAAAGAAAAAAGAAAUGGGAUAUGCUCAAUGAGGUUUUGCCUGUAUGGUUCCAAACAGCCGGUUCCGGGUAAUGGGAUGGAUUGAACCCCCAAUGUAACUGACUAAAGUACUAAACUGAGGUAUCCUGUCUGACCUAGCCCGGUUUACUUGGGUUGUUCUGGUCCGGUUUUCUGGAUGGUUUUGGGCGGUUAAUCCGGUUAUGAACCAGAAAACAAAACGCAAAUAAGAAAAGAAGUAUCAGAAGCAGAACUGGAACUAUACAUGGAACUAUAUUUGUAUUUCGGUCCACUAAAUGGAGGUGGGAUACAAAACGAUGGAGGUUCAGUUGUCCAGAUGUGCAUAUUUCCAGCUGAAGCUAUUCCCAGAUGUUCAAUACAGAAAGGUGUUUACAUUUGGCUUUUCUGUUUACAUUCAUGUACAACAAAGCUUAAUGACGUUACGAGCCCGUUUGGAGACCCCUUUCUUCGGCUUAUCAGGCUUAUCAGCCAGCUUUUUCACCAAACACGUAAUUUUUACUUUCGCGUGCUGAAUUGUGUAAUAAGCAGAAAAAGUAAGGUUGGAGUUACUUUUCUGGCUGUAUUGGCUGAAGUUACUGUAGAUGAUCAUUUUAGCUAUUUUUACAUGUAAUUUUUUCUUUAUUUUAUUAAUAAAAUAUAUUUUUAAAAUAUCUUUUUCUAGAAUCAGCAGAAUCAGCCAAAACAGCCACUUCAGCCAGAACUUCAUAAAUUUCAGCAGAACUAGCCAAAACAGCCGAUUUUCGUGCUACCAAACGGGCUCUACUUGUGAAGAAGUAUGAAUGAUCUGCAAAUAGCACCAGACAAAUUGGAGGUUAUGCAAGGAAAAAUCAGCUAAAACAGCGAUCCCACUAGUUGAGCAUUGGAUGUCGAAGUAAGAGAGCUUGUUGUCCACCUCACCAACGAAAAGUACCAAACCACUGUUCUCUGCCUAUUGAAGGAGUGUUUGCAGUUGAUUAAAAAAAGCACUUUUCAUCUUUUGGCUUAAAAAACGUUAAAAAAAGUGUUUUCAAAUGACAGCUUCUGCUUAAAUUAAUCACUUAAAAACUAAAAGCUGGAAGCAGGUGGAGGGGUGCUUUAAACUGCUUUUCACUUUUUCUAUUACACAAAAAGUACUUAUUUUACCAAACACUACCAACUUUUACUUUUUCAGGAUCACUUUUUUCUCAAACACUACCAACUUUUACUAUUAAUCAUUUUUCCCCAAAUCACUUUAUAAAAUCACUUUUUUAAAGUUGAAGCAAUUGCAAACACUCCCCGAGUGUUUUUCAUGUGUGUAAUUUUUGAAGCCACUCAAACAUUUCACACCCUCCCUCUUGGAGUGUUUGCAACUGCUUUUGCUUAAAAUAAGCACUUUUGGAAGUGUUUUUGGAAAAACUUAUUAGUUGUAAAAGUUGAUAGUGUUUGAGAAAAAAGUGAUUUUGAAAAGUAAAAGUUGAUAGUAUUUGGUAAAAUAAAUGUUUUUUGUGUAAUAUAAAUAGUAAAAAGCACUUUUGAGCUAAAAGUCGAGAAGCGUUUUUUUAAGUAGAAGUGCAAACACUUUCUAAAUACUGCCAUGAGCAGCAUGCCAAUGCUCUGAGCCAGUCCUAGGAUAUGGCGACUAUGGGAUGCCACUACAAUGAUAUAGCCCCAAUAUGUCAAUUAGCCUUUUUUGCAAGUAAUACUGUAAUACUUUGUACUAGGGCUGAGCACGGAUCUGGGAAUUCCCGUUCCGUACCGAAGAACUGUCCCGAACCGUUCCAGGACCGAUAGAACCGGAAAAAUGUAAAACCGUACCGUACCGUACCGAUCUUUUUUAAUAAUAUGGUACGGUACCGGUUCUUAGUGAGAACCGUUCCGGAACCGUCCCGGAACCGUAUUGUCCC